UUCCUUCCUCUCUGCCGAACCCCGCCCUACGCCCUCCACUGGUUUCGCUCAAAACCAUCGCCUUGGUGAGCGAACCCUCGCGAUACACUGGUAAGGCAACGGCGGGAUCGCAGCGCACAGAGACUGAAACCCCCAUCUUCUCCUUCCGCACUGCUCCUUACCCGAAACCAUGGAGGCAGAUGGAGGAAAUUAACUUCAUAACUUCUUUUUCGCGGGAAUCGCCCGUCCCGAAUUUACUAAAUCCGCCGAUUUACAGAAUUUAGUAAAUCCGUGGUUUACGGCCGAAAUCAGUAUAAUCCGGAUUUAUGAAAUUCGCAGCUUUAUUUUGUCCAAACUGACCAUCUGGCAGGAUUUAGGUCAAAUUCAGGUUAAAUCCUGCUCUAAAUCCUUUACCAGGCAGCCCCUUGCCAUCAUCAUCUCAAAUUUCCUCGUCCUUUUCUAUACCUGUUGUGACCGACUACGAAACAUCUCAAAAUCUCACCGAGAAUCAACUUUCCGCUGUCUAUCUCAAUAUCUAUACGCUACUCGCACAAACUGUGCCCUAGACAUAAGUUUAUCUCCAUAUUUGUCACCUUGUCAUCUCCCUCACCUCCGCCCUUCUUGCUAUAAACUUGUUGCCGUAGAGUACCUCGGAGAAAGAUAAAGGCUGCCUUAGAUCUCCAAAGCAGAUGCGCUUCUGGUGCAGAUUGUGCAGGAUUCAUUAAUUGCGUUUCUUUCAUCGUUGGCGGGUCUGUCCGCCACCUAAUUUUCCUUGGGAUACUGCAGGGCCGUCGUGAUCCGCAUUUUUCGGGUACAGGUAAGAGGUCUCGAGUUUUUUCUGGCAAUUCUAUAUUUAGCAUGAUGGAGCUUAGCAGUCUUAGAGAUACAUUUGACAGAGUUGCCAAGAAGCAAAAGCUCUCAUCCUCUGGAAACCUUGAAUUGAUUGAUCAAGUUGGUAAUGAAAUAGAAAGCGCAAUAAUAAAAAUGCAGGCUGCAAAAAAUGAUCUGGACAAUAUUAACUAUCAAUCCGUUUUGAAAGAGCUGAGGAAUAAGCUGAAUGAGAUGACCCCUCUGAAUCAUCUUGAAGGGUCCCAGAAGGAACUAACUGUUUUGUUUGGCAAAUAUGUGAAGACCUUGGAGAAAAAUUUUACUCCCGACAUUUCAAAGGCCUAUGGAAAUAUGAGUUUUGAUGUGCACACGAUAAACCAUAUUAUCGCUAGCCAUUUUUACAGGCAGGGCCUUUUUGAUCUUGGUGACUGCUUUGUGAGAGAGGCAAAUGAACCGGAUGCCGCUGCUCUGAAAUCACCAUUUCUGGAGAUGUAUAACAUACUGGAAGCAAUGAAGGGUAGGGACCUCGGGCCUGCUUUAAAAUGGGCCACUGCACAAAGCUUGCGCUUACUGAGUAAUGGUUCAAGUCUUGAACUCAAGCUUCAGCAGCUUCAGUUUGUAGAGAUAUUACAGAAGGGAGACAAGAAUGAGGCUAUUAAACAUGCGAGGACAUACCUGGCUCCAUUUGCUUCGGUGCACAAGGUUGAAAUUCAGAAGUUGAUGGCUUGUCUUCUUUGGGCCGGACGGUUAGAGCAAUCACCUUAUGCAGAGUUCUUGUCACCAUCACAUUGGGAGAACAUGAUCGAGGAGGUCUCCCAGCAAUUCUGCAGCUUGAUGGGUCAGUCACAUGCAAGCCCACUGAGUGUUGUAAUAUCUGCAGGAGUCCAAGGAUUGCCAACUUUGCUGAAAAUGGCGAGUGUCAUGGCAGCCAAAGGGCAAGAGUGGCAAGCCAUGAAGCAACUACCAGUUCCUGUAGACUUGGGAAGGGAGCUUCAGUUUCAUUCCAUCUUCGUCUGCCCCGUGCUUCGUGAGCAGGGCAGUGAUGAGAACCCACCGAUGUUGAUGCCUUGUGGGCAUGUGCUGUCAAAGCAAUCCAUUGUGAAGCUGUCAAAGAGCAACUCGAGGGUUUUCAAGUGUCCCUAUUGCCCGUCAGAGGCCACGGUCACCCAGUGCAAGCAGCUACACUUUUAGAAUCUAGAAUUCCAUGUCAAUGGAGUGUUAUGGCUAGAAAUUCUGUGUCAGUUUCCGAUGUCAGGCCAUUCAUCCAUUCCAUUGAUUAUUUAUGCUGCUGUUUUUUUCUGUUGUUUUGAUACUUAAAACAGAUGUAUGUUUACAUUGUAUUACUAUGCCAUGAUUUUAUUUUGUUUUCAACCCUAUUUGUAAUUUGUAGCCGAAACUUACUCUUUUAUUGUCAUGUUUUAUCAGCAUCAUCAUCAUCGGCA